AUCGUUCAAUGGCUCCUUUCGUCCAUCAUGAGACUCCCACAAACUGCGUUGUGACUGAGUGCGCAGCAGCUUCAGCAGCGACAAUCACCACGGUUGCCUUUACGGUAACCGAGUGGUAACCAUAUUGAAUGUAACGGAGGUGCGCCCUCGAGGUGCUAUUCGUGUGGUGGAAUAGACCCGGUCACGUUUCUUCAUGCAAGUACUUUCGAAACCGCAUCACGAUCGGCGUGCAACGGUAUCCUGCCGUUAGCGCGGUUUGAGGCGAUCAUCACCAUAUAAGAUUCCCCGACAAUCCACUUCAAUUCAACCCGUCCUCCUCUCAUUUACUUUCCCUUGUAUCUCAUACCAUAGAAUGUCUGACCGCUCAUUCCAGGAGAGUGAUGCCUAUCGCGAAGCUCCUCGGCCAACCCUUCCUUCUGUUCGCGAACUUUUCCCAGAAUUAUCUCGUACUCCAAGACCUUCCGUAAUACAUCCUUCUUCUUGGGCGGGUUCCAAUGCCAGCCACGACUCAUACUCUACACCACAUAUGGGCCAGUCAGAUGGUGUUCUAUCAGGGCCAGGUUUGCAGAGACAUCCUUCGACUUCUUACCACCCUAUUUCGCGUGGUUCACGACACGAAACGCAUGCAACACACCUUCACCCAACUCAUGAACAUCCACCACAUUCAUUGUAUCAUUCUCAACAUCCACCAAACCAAUAUUCUCGACCGUCCACUGACAAUGUCCAGGGACGACCAGCCUACGACUAUACUAACCACCCAGGACCAAGCUCAUAUCUUGAUUAUUCAAGGCAGCAUUAUCCUGGACAGAUGAUCGAGCCCUCUGGAUCCACACCUUACGCUCCACGCUACCCUGACGUACGGGCUCAGCAUUACCGGAGAGACUCGCAGGAGACUGCAUCUAGUUUAGAAGACUCCGUUCCUCCUGCCAACACUUCAUCACUGAAAUACGAGUGCGACUACUGCGGCAAGGGUUUCACUCGCCCCAGUAGUUUAAAGAUACACCUGAACAGUCAUACUGGCGAAAAGCCAUUUACGUGCACUUUUGAAGGCUGUGGUCGCAGUUUCAGCGUGCUCAGCAACAUGCGUCGGCACGCUCGUGUGCAUGCCGAUGCCUCAGGACGUUAUCAUGAGGAGUCCAGCGACGAGUCGAACGACGCACAUUCACGUUCAGGGCGUUAGAAAAACACGCAUUGUCCUCGCGGACGCGUACCCGGCGCAUGUAAUCGCUCCUAUCCGCAUCUCAUGAUCUUCGUUGCAUUUUUAGGACAUUGCAUCGGUCGUUCAUGAUGAAUGAUGAGCGGCGUAUUUAUAGCAAUUCACGCGCAUUACUUAUUCCAUCUAUCGCAUGCAACCGAUGAUAUUUAUUACUCACGUAUUUAUUCCAUACAGUCAUUGUUGUUAGUACUAGUACUCAUCGCCUGGUGUAUCCAUUCCCUUUUAAU